UCAAGGACACUUUCAUUCAAUUGAAGCCGUCCAUCUGUGACACAGCAUAUUUAAUUAAACAAAGAGCUGGCAAUGCAUUCCUCAGCUUCAACAGGCCCCUCGCAUUUAUUCAAUGCCCACUGUGAGGUGAAGGAGGAUAAUCUAAAAGAUAAGGAGUUGUAUCACUCAAGAUGGCAUGAUCUGGAUAUGGAAAGAAGACCAUGGGAAAGGACAACACUCUCUGAGAAUAACAGUCAGAAAAAAGAGAGGUAUGAGAAGAAACAUCUGGACUUAUUAGUGCAAAGAUCUCCAGAUCAGAAGAUGGAGACCGGAAGGCUAGGGGAGAGGAUGACUGAAUAUCAGCUCCCCUACCUAAAUGUUCUUCCAGUGCCCAUCUUUGUGACAAAUAAAGUGCUGUCUGUGGCUAAAGAUUCAGAGCAAGCUCCAACAUCCGUAGAACUGAAAGCCAUCAUGGAGUUUGAAAAAGCACUGUCCAGUGGUGUGAGCGUAGGCCGGAGAGAAAUUUCCGAGAUAACGAAAGAGAUGCCGAAUGUUUUUCAGCCAAUCAGGAUGGAUUUCAGAGCCUCCAAUCUGGUGCUUCCUAGAAAUGUACUGCCACAGUUUGAGGCUGUGAUAAGAAGUUAGUAGCUCCUAGUUCAUGGAAACUACAGUAAAUGCAAGGCCUGGACAAAAAAGCAUUGGCUAAAUAAGCACUUCAAACUGGUAUAAAUUAAUAUGUACUACACAUUUGUCUUAUGGUUUCAAACUACCUGAACUUACUUCAGUAUUUACUAACAUCGAGUUUUUACGGUGUACAGCUUUCAGAACUCAUAGAUUAACCUUGCCAAACAAAGGCACAAACAAAAUUUUACUGUCAACUGAAACUGGUUGUUUAUAUUUAGUUAUUACAUUUUAGUUCAUGAGGUUGCGUUUUUUAAUUGCACGUUAUUCAUAAUUAUAUUAACUUAUCUAUAAUGGAACUGGAACGUUAUACUGUUAACACCAUGGGACAGCUGUUUUAUUUUAUUUAUUUUUUGGCUUUUUUUAAACAAAUUGCUGGUGUCUAUUUUUCACAUUGCCUUGAAUUAAACCUGAGACCAUUUUAAAUCACUGAGCAGUGCUAUAGGCUUACUGUUGAACUAUGAGAAAAAUAUUAAGUUCAGUUUAAAAUAGUAUUAAUACUUGGCAUACUGUAAGUAGCUCUUAGAAGGAUUAUCAAAUAUGUUGAAAUAGGAGUCAAUAGAUAAAUGUAUGUGAAGGGUAAAAAGCACAGUUUUACAGUGACUAAGACAGAUGUGAGGUGGUUAAAUAUAAGUUGGUGACGCACAGGAAGUGUGCACAUUAUCAGACUUAAUCAGUAUAAAUUGAACAAUGUUAAAUUGUAAAUUGAUAGCUUAACUUUUACAGAUUUUUUUCAAGAAUGCAAGUAUCCUCAAAGUUGAGCUAACAUGUUUCAAACAGUGCUUCUUGCUGCCCUCAACUGAUGUUCUGUAUUUGCGUAUUUCACAGGCAGGCAAGUUCUAUAUAAAAACUAACUGUUUCUCAUUGAAUAAUAUAACUUUGUAUUGGCAUACAAUUAAAGACUGCUUUCUAAACAUUAA